GCUCCUUACAUUGGUGGUCAGUGGGAAGAAUGCUCCUUACAUUGGUGGUCAGUGGAAAGAAUGCUCCUUACAUUGGUGAUCAGUGGGAAGAAUGCUCCUUACAUUGGUGAUCAGUGGGAAGAAUGUUCCUUACAUUGGUGGUCAGUGGGAAGAAUGCUCCUUACAUUGGUGAUCAGUGGGAAGAAUGUCCCUUACAUUGGUGGUCAGUGGGAAGAAUGCUCCUUACAUUGGUGGUCAGUGAGAAGAAUGCUCCUUACAUUGGUGAUCAGUGGGAAGAAUGUUCCUUACAUUGGUGGUCAGUGGGAAGAAUGCUCCUUACAUUGGUGAUCAGUGGGAAGAAUGUUCCUUACAUUGGUGAUCAGUGGGAAGAAUGCCCCUUACAUUGGUGAUCAGUGGGAAGAAUGCCCCUUACAUUGGUGAUCAGUGGGAAGAAUGCCCCUUACAUUGGUGGUCAGUGGGAAG